AUGUCCAACCGCUUGGAAAGGGCAACAUGUCCAACCGCUUGGAAAGGGCAACACCAUCGUGAUGACCACGAGGGCCCCACCCUAAUAUUACAAGCGGUCGCGUCUCAAGAUUUAUGGAUUUGGCAUGCGUACUUUGGCAUGGCUGGUACGAACAAUGACAUCGUUGUUUUACAAUCUUCGGAUCUUUUCGACGAUGUCAUAGAUGGUGUUGCACCAAAUACUUCAUUCUAUGCAAAUGACGUGGAGUAUAAGUAUGGGUACUAUCUUGUCGACGGUAUUUAUCCGGAGUGGGCGACGUUGGUGAAAACUCUUUCAUGUCCAGAUGACGAGAAUAGAUUGUAUUACAAGAAGAUACAAGAGUCGGCAAGAAAAGAUGUCGAGCGGGCUUUCGAUGUAUUAAAAAACAGAUGGUCAGAGCGUUUUGUGGAGAAAGUUAUGAUGAAGGUAACCAGCCGACGGACCCACUACUCACAUACGCUCAAAAAGAAGUUCUCCGAGUGA